AUGGUCGGCGUCGAGGAUACGGAUGGCGCUGAGAAGGUGAAAGAGAAGAAGAAUGUAAAAGGAAAGGCCGUAGAACGAGAAGGGAAGAAGUGGGACUGGGUGUCGUUACUUGAUGCAAAGACCUCCGACCAUCCUGCUGUUUUCACCAAGGAUUCAAGGUUCUUUUUCUUACCGUCUGGUACAUCCGUCAACAUACACUCCGCCGCCACCGGCGAUGUCGUCUCCACGCUCACUUUACCUACCCCAACACCAGGAAAAGCUAGCAAGCAUCGUAUCACCUCACUCGCAUUAAACCCAUCCAACGCCUUCCAGCUCCUGGUUUCCCAUUUGGACGGCAGCAUCCGCGUAUGGGACUUUCUAGAUGGGGUACUGCUCCGAACUGUUGAACUGGAGUCUGGGAUCACGCACAUGUGCGUGAGCGAAAAGUUGAAGAACCAAGUUCUGGUCGCUGUCAAUGAAGUGGGGAAGAAGAAGGGUGAUUCAGAUGGUAUGUCCGUUUCCGACUACUCAAAUCGUUUCAUGCUCAAAAACUUCCCAGCACCAGCAAAACCCCAAUAUGUCCUUUACCGUGUAUCCCUCACCACCCAGGCCAAAACCUACAUCGGCAAGCUCCCUCCCGCCUCUCACCUAGCGCUCUCUCAGAGCGCGCAGCAUCUCGUCGCCAGCUCGGGAAGCACCUGCUACGUUUUCACUGUUCCCGCGGAAGGCAAGGCAUCCGUGAUGAAAUGUCUCUCGACCGACCGGAUCACCAGUCUGGCAUUCCAUCCCGAAGAAGAGUGGUUCGCAGCAGGUGACGAGAUCGGGACGAUCAAGUUUUGGUACUGCUCCGAAUCAGCGACCGGCAAUACUGCCAAGGGUCAAGAACGAGCAUCAUUGCCAAAUGCCUCACAUCUAUGGCACGCACAUGCUGUUCGCUCACUCUCAUUUACGCCAAACGGCGCAUACCUCCUCUCCGGUGGAGAAGAAGCCGUGAUCGUCGCCUGGCAACUGCACUCAGGAAGAAAAGAAUUCGUCCCGCGCGUUGGAGGUCCCAUAAGGUGGCUGUGCGUGAAGAACCCCGUGCAAGGAGGGGAGGAAGAGUGGGUCGCUGGGCUAGCGGAUCGGACGCUCGUAUGGGUCAACGCGGGCAAUUUGAAGGUCUCGCGAAGUGUUGCCCGAGUGAAACUGGACAUUUCUGCUACUUCUUCCGAGGUACCCCCCGCUCUUCCCCUUGCGGUACAUCCGGCGACAGGCAACCUCCUCCUCCCGUCCUCGCAUCCCUCUUUCCUGCAGAUUUACUCCCACCCCACCCGCUCCCUGCUUAGCGAACUCGAAGUUCAUCCCUCGAACCGUGUCUCCAAACGCAAUCCCGAUGCACCCUCUUUGCCCGCAGCGCGCGUAGAACGGGUGUGCGUUUCUCCCCAGGGGAAAUGGCUCGCUACUCUUGACGUACGCAGGGGAGGGGAGGGAGAGGGUAUCGUGAGCCGACUCAAGGUCUGGCGCUGGGAUGCCCGCAGGGGAGCUUGGGCGCUGAACACGAGGGUAGAGAGUCCAUACGGUGUAGGGGAGGUAACUGGGCUUGCUUGGAUGCCAGAUCCCCAGGGCAGUAGCAGUAAGACUGAGCUUGGCUGCUUACUCGCCACAAGUGGCAAGGAUGGGUUAGUCAAGACCUGGCGGACACGUGUGGAACGUGGGGAAGAAGGAGAGGAGGAGAUCUCCUGGGUCAACCGAUCUGCUUUCUCAUAUCGUGCUCAUGUGCCCCACUGCUGUGCCUUUUCACCGGACGGCUCGCUGCUCGCUAUCGGGCAAGGCCCGUGCGUGACGCUCUGGGACCCGGUGACGAAUGUUAUGCAGCGCGUGUUGGCCGGGCAGGGUGCGGCGAUUGUUGAGCAGGUGGAGUUUGUGAGUAGUGAGGGGAGGUGGUUGGCUGUU